CAUGCGCGCGCACACGCGCCCGCGCGCCUGCAUCCCGUGCUGUUUCCCCGGCAGACACACCGGCGCUCACUAGUCUCUCUUUGCAAGCCUGCGGGGUAGCGACCUCGCAAACCUAGCCCCGGGGCCCGCCCUUGGCAAGCAGCUGCUUCUCUCCGGAUAGCAGCUCCUUUGGGGCCUCCGUCGCAGCCACCCGGACCGGACCCUUUCGUGACUGCUGCUGCCAGUACCGGGAAGCAGCAAGAGGCGCUGGGUCAAGACACACUAACGGUAUCUACAGAACAGUGGACAUACAGACCCAGGACCCAUAAGACUUUAUCACCUUGAAUCAGGAAUUUACUUGGUAUCAUCCUCGGUCUUUACUUCAUCCCAAGUGACAUUUUUUUUUCUUUUAAAAAAAGAACUAAUAUUUGCCAAAAGACAGUUUUUAAAAAUAAUACUUUCCAUACUUUCCAAUGCCUAAGAAUAGCAAGGUAGUAAAAAGAGAGUUAGACGAUGAGGUUAUUGAGUCCGUCAAAGACCUUCUUUCCAAUGAAGACUCAGCUGAUGAUGCCUUUAAAAAGAGUGAACUAAUCGUUGAUGUCCAAGAGGAGAAAGAUAUAGAUAUUGAAGAAGAAUCUGAAGUUGAAGAUGAAAGACCAGCUUGGAACAGUAAAGUACAGUACAUCCUGGCCCAAGUUGGAUUUUCCGUAGGUUUAGGGAAUGUGUGGCGAUUCCCCUACCUGUGUCAGAAGAAUGGGGGUGGUGCGUAUCUUUUACCGUAUUUAAUACUGCUUCUGGUAAUAGGUAUUCCCCUUUUUUUCCUGGAACUUUCCGUGGGUCAAAGAAUUCGGCGCGGCAGCAUCGGCGUAUGGAAUUACAUAAGCCCUAAACUGGGUGGGAUUGGAUUCGCAAGCUGCGUAGUGUGCUUCUUCGUGGCUCUCUACUACAACGUCAUCAUUGGCUGGAGCUUGUUUUAUUUUUCUCAGUCUUUUCAGCAACCCCUACCGUGGGAUCAGUGUCCUUUGGUGAAAAACGCUUCGCAUACCUUCGUAGAACCAGAAUGUGAAAAAAGUUCUGCCACGACCUAUUACUGGUACAGAGAGGCGCUGAACAUUUCCAGUUCCAUUGCUGAAAGUGGAGGCUUGAACUGGAAGAUGACGGUCUGCUUGCUGGCUGCCUGGGUCAUGGUUUGCUUGGCUAUGAUCAAAGGCAUCCAGUCUUCUGGAAAAAUCAUGUAUUUCAGCUCUCUGUUCCCAUAUGUGGUGCUUGUUUGCUUCCUAAUCAGAGCACUCCUUCUAAAUGGCUCCAUUGACGGCAUCCGCCACAUGUUUACCCCUAAGCUUGAAAUGAUGCUGGAGCCCAAGGUUUGGAGAGAAGCCGCCACUCAGGUGUUCUUUGCCUUAGGUCUGGGGUUUGGUGGCGUCAUUGCCUUUUCAAGCUACAACAAAAGAGACAACAACUGCCACUUUGACGCUGUCUUGGUGUCCUUCAUCAAUUUUUUCACUUCUGUCCUGGCAACAUUGGUGGUGUUUGCAGUUCUGGGAUUCAAAGCAAAUGUCAUAAAUGAGAAAUGCGUGGCACAAAAUUCAGAGAUGAUCAUCAAAUUUCUAAAAAUGGGAAACAUUAGCCAGGACAUUGUUCCGCAUCACAUCAACCUUUCAGCUGUCACUGUGGAAGAUUAUCACUUAGUUUAUGACAUCCUUCAAAAAGUGAAAGAAGAGGAGUUUCCGGUGCUGCAUCUCAACUCCUGUCAAAUUGAAGAUGAGCUGAAUAAAGCUGUUCAGGGGACCGGGCUGGCCUUCAUUGCCUUUACAGAAGCGAUGACACAUUUCCCUGCCUCUCCCUUCUGGUCAGUGAUGUUCUUCCUCAUGCUGGUGAAUCUGGGGCUGGGCAGUAUGUUUGGAACCAUUGAAGGGAUCAUCACGCCCGUGGUGGACACUUUCAAAGUGAGGAAAGAAUUUCUCACUGUGAUCUGUUGUCUCCUGGCAUUUUGUAUCGGCCUGAUAUUUGUGCAGCGUUCUGGAAAUUACUUUGUUACGAUGUUUGACGACUAUUCUGCUACAUUGCCUCUGCUAAUUGUAGUCAUUUUGGAGAAUAUUGCUGUCUGCUUUGUUUAUGGCAUAGAUAAGUUUAUGGAAGACCUAAGAGAAAUGCUGGGCUUUGCUCCCAGCAGAUAUUACUAUUAUAUGUGGAAAUACAUUUCUCCUUUAAUGCUGUUAUCGUUGCUGACAGCUAGUGUUGUGAAUAUGGGGUUAAGUCCUCCUGGCUAUAAUGCAUGGAUUGAAGAUAAGGCAUCUGAAGAAUUUCUGAGCUUUCCAAUGUGGGGGAUGGUGGUCUGUGUCUCUCUCAUGGUCCUCGCCGUCCUCCCCAUCCCCGUAGUCUUCAUUGUCCGUCGCUGCAACCUCAUAGAUGACAGUUCUGGGAAUUUAGCAUCUGUGACCUAUAAGAGAGGCCGGGUCCUGAAAGAGCCUAUAAACUUAGAAGGAGACAAUGCAAGCCUCAUUCACGGAAAGAUACCCAGCGAGAUGUCGUCUCCAAAUUUUGGUAAAAAUAUUUAUCGAAAACAGAGUGGAUCGCCGACCCUGGACACAGCUCCCAAUGGACGGUAUGGAAUAGGGUACUUGAUGGCCGACAUGCCAGACAUGCCGGAAUCUGAUUUGUAGCUGGGGGAAAACCCUGCCUGUAUCUUUGGGUCAUUUUCAUCAACGGACACUGUCUCUCUAUUGGCUCUAUGAAGAGAAGCAUUAGGCUUCGCUUAUCGGGGGCGAUCUCAGGUGAUCCAUGGCUGUGAUCCUUAGUCCUAACAGGAGCUGUCAGUUCAACUAGAGCUUUCCUUUGGGUUCUUUGGUUUACAUUUGUGCAGAAAAGGUCACAGACGAAGCUCAUGAUGACCGAGGCCCGGGUUUGUCAGGAUUUUUACAAGUACUUUUGGUGUAUUUUCAAGCAUUUCUAUCUCUCAAACAGGUAUUACCUCAGUUUCGAAUAAUUUCUGGGUUUAAUAGUAUUGGCAAUUCAAAAACGACAGACCUUAAAAUUUACAAGUUUGCCUUCAGGGUAACUUCCAGUAUUAAAAGGACAGAUCUGUAAUUUGGUGCCUCUCAGCACAUUUCCAUGAACAGGUCGUGUAGAUAGGUUGUAAUUAUUUUGGUAGCAUUGAUACCUUCUUAGGAAAUUAGCUGAAACCAACUGCAAAAUAUUUUCGUAUAUAAUAGCUAUAUAGAGCAAUAGCAUCAAACAUUAAGAAGGCACUAAUGCUGGGAUGAAAGGUGGAAUUCACAGGUGGCUGGGGAUCAUGUGAGUGAGGGCUGUAUAUUUGGUGUAAAAUAUAUGUGUGAAAAUGACCUGUGAGUGAGUUGCUCCGCACUCUCAAGAAAUAUGCAGAUUCUGCAUUUUUCUCAUGCCGUGUGCCUAAAACCCUACUUGAUAUUUAUUGUGGCUUCAAGAUGACUCAUAGUAUAUUUAUAUAAUAUACUUGCAAUGUAUAUAGAUGUAUCUUAGUACUCUAAGUACUGAUUUGAAAACUUGAAGCAAGUUGGCGUUUUAUUUCAUAUCCUUCUGUUUUGCUUCUGUUUUAUGCAAAUAUAAAUCCUUUUUUAAGUGAUUGUUAAAAUUGUAUGGCAUUACAGUUUAAUCUACAAAUAAACGACGUUUAAAAA